AUGGUGUCGCUGGACACUCAUCCUCCUAAAUCCACUCAGUGGCCGAUUUCGUCGACUGUUGAACCCGAUGACAGCCCUUUCGCCAGUUCCUUGCAUUCAGCUGGCCAUGUGAGGGAGAUCUCGCGGCUCAUCUUGGAUAUCUUUCUGGCGUAUGCUCUCAAUAAGUUCAAGUAUUCAGAAGACCGUCUCGAGGACUACGGAGAUGGCUUUCUUUCUAUCAUCGGCCGAUUUGUCUCCAAAGGUACCCGUGUGCAAGCUUGUCUCCCUGCUUUCCCCUUCAAGUCGGCGAACAAAGUGUACAAGGUGCUCGGCAGCUUGCCAGACAAGGCAGAGGAGCUGGCUCUAGAGCGAUUGAAUACCAUGUGCAAGCGUGUUCAGGAUGUCUACGCUCCGGGUGCUCAUAUUGUCAUUAUUUCGGAUGGCAUUACCUACAAUGACUUGUUGUGUAUCUCUGACCUGGAAACCUGGAAGUAUGGCGAAGCCUUACGUGAGAUGGUUGUCAAGAACGGUUUCGACAACAUUUCCUUCUCAAGGAUUCGAGACCUUCUAGAGUUUCCUCUACCGGAAAGAAUGAGCGAGAUCAUCUAUGUGGCCAACUGUACCAACUUCCGUCGCUUGCUUUUGAACAAAUACGGCAAUACGGACCUCAACAUUGACCAUGAAAUUACCACAAAUCCAGAUACUAAGUUGACAUAUCUGGGAUAUAAGCGAUUCCUGGAGUCUGAUCUUCAGUACAUUUUUCCUCGAGGGAAGAAUCGCUCAGCCCAUAGUUACAAACGAGAUUGCAAGUAUCUGGCCAAGCAGAUGCUCACAAGAGGAUACGCGUUUGCAGGGGCAAUCAAGGACGCCUUCCCCAACCAUCUGCGACUUUCAAUCCACGAAUCCAUUUGCGGUACCAAGCUACCCAUUAGCUUGCUAAACACCAAGACGGGAUUCACUACCCCAUGGCACUGCUGUGUUGCUCAAUUAGCAGACGGAGUGUGGGUUAGUGCUCCUGUGGGUGAGUUCAGCCAGGAUAGCCGCCUUGAACUUGUCCAUGUCGAUGGAAAUCGCAGUCACUACCAAGAAAAACUACUUCAUAGCGACCAUAUCGCUAUUAGCGAGACAACGGCGAGUUACCUUCAGCCGUCCAAGUCCAUCGAUUUCAAUGCAUAUAUCAAUGGUGCAUUGAAGAAUCCAUCAUCACUUUCAUCUUCCUCUAGCGAAGUUUCCCUCCCUUCGUCUGAGGGCAAAUCACCAGGCAGCAUGUUCACCACACCAGAUGUUCAAUCAGUGCCAAAAUUCUCGUCUACACAAUCUGGCCCAUGUAUCACGUUCACUAAAGAGUCUGACCUUGCAUCACUACCGCAAGAGACUCAAACCACAGUGUCAACGCCAUACGGUAGAAGGCUCAUCCCUCAGAUAAUGGAUAGCCUUGCUGCCAGCGAUCCCGAGCGGACCGUCUUCUCCCUUGCAUCCCUCUCGAACGGGUUCCUUGAGCUGAACCCUAUUUCUGCUCGACAAUUUACCAGAGCAGUUGACAAGACUGCCUGGUGGCUUCGUGAUCAGGUUGGCACCCCCGAAACAGUUCAACCUGUGGGUUAUAUUGGACCGCACGAUCUACGACAUGUUCUGUUGACAUAUGCAUGCGUCAAGGCGGGCUACGCGGCUUUGUUCUUGUCGCCCAAAAACAACACGGACGGAGUUCUGGCAGUACUUACGGCAACAAACUGCAAUAUCUGGGUCAAUGCAGUCGAGGCUUCUCCCGUCCCUUUAGUCAAAGACGUCCUUCAGAAACGACCUAUGACGUGUUUGCACCUUCCCAUGCUCCAGGAGCUUCUUGAUACCGAGUCCACUGAAGCAUUCCCGUACACCAAGAGUUUCGAAGAGGCCAUAGACGAUCCAUUUUGCUUCUUGCAUACGUCUGGAAGUACUGGGUUGCCCAAGCCCAUUCCCUGGUCCAAUGGACUGAUUGGCACUAUGGAUGCAGUACGACUACUCCCGCCCGUGGGUGAAAAUGCCGAUUUGGCUCCUUGGACUUCAGGCUGGGAUGAGGGGGACAAGAUAUACUCAUCAUUUCCAAUGAGCCACGGUGCUGGAAUUAUUAUGGAUAUUUUGAUGCCUGCAUUUUUCAAUCUUCACUGUGUCUUAGGACCAGUUGGUGUUUUGCCAAAUCUUAAUCUUGUGGAGAGAUUAGCUGUGGACGCUAAAAUUGACAUAUGGAGUAUGGUCCCAUCUCUUGUUGAUGAACUGGGUGAAACCCCCGGGAUUUUGGCAAAGCUCCAGUCGAGCAAAUUCAUCUGUGCAUCUGGAGGCCCUGUUAGUCUUGUCAGUGCUGGCAAGGUCAAUGAGGUGGUCAGGGUGCUCAACUUGACUGGUACGACAGAAGGUCUCUUCAUUGGGAAUCUGAAGACAGAGCAAGAAGACUGGUUCUGGUUCUGCUUCCAUCCAUACUCUGGGUUCGAGUUCAAAGAGCUGGAAGCGGAUACAUAUGAGCACUGGGUGCAUCGCAAUGAACAUUGGCCACUCUUCCAGGGUAUCUUCCACACAUUUCCAGAUGAAGACUCGAUCAACUUCAAGGACCUAUACAUGAAGCACCCUACCAAGCCCAAUCUGUGGGCUUUCAAGGGAAGAAGCGACGAUCUUGUCGUCUUGUCAAAUGGGUACAAGAUAUCUCCGCUUGAGACAGAGGCAUUUGUCACUACUCACCCUGCCAUCUGUGGAUGCCUUAUUUUUGGAACUGGAAAGCCUCAAGCGGCCCUACUGAUUGAGCUCAAGAACCCAUCUAAUAUAACGGCUGAUCUCAUUGACAGUAUUUGGCAAACGAUUCAGACGGCCAAUUCCAUGUCUAGACACAAAAACCAGUUACUGAAGGACUUUGUCACUUUCGCACAACCAGACAAACCCUUCUUACGAACAGACAAGGGAACAGUGAAAAGAUCAGCCACAUUGGCGUUAUAUUCCGAGUACAUCGAGCGUUUCUACAGUUCACGCAGUGAUGAUUCCGAUAAUGCUAUCAAUCUGGAUCUGAGCUCAACCAGUUCGACCGAGGACGCUAUCCGUACAAUCGUCAGCUCUUUGCUUUCCGAAGCCCAGGACAUUCUGCCUGACGCAGAUUUGUUUGUACUUGGGCUUGACUCUCUAGGUGUCUUUGCCGCUGUGAAAGCAAUUCGAGUAGCUUCGGGUUUGGGUGAUAAAAUCGCCCCUCGACACGUUUACGCCAAUCCAACCAUUGCGAGCCUUGCUGCAACGGUCUCCAUACUGAUGGAUGAAGCACAGAGUGCUAAAGAUGAUAUUCCUCUGGAUCGAAUUCGGGAUGAUGAUGCCUCUAAGGUGAAUGAUAUGAUCGCGCAGCACAGGGCGCGGCAAUCUUUCCGCUUGAACGCCUUCGACUACGUUAACCCCAAUCACGGAAUGGGAAUUGUCCUUUACUUCUCUAUUCAUGAGGAGACAUCUUUUGAGCAGGUCUUUGUCAAUCUUCAGGAAGGACUAAAUCGCACAUUCGACAUGAUACCAGCUCUCAGUGGCAAGAUGAUGGACUGCUCCGAGCAAGAACUUGGCUACAGCAAAGGAGAUCUCUGCGUGACAAUUCCGCCACUCUCCAUGGCGGCUUCUGCACGAGACCGCCUGUUGUACAAGGAUCUCUCACAUGUUCUUCCAUCCUUUGAGAAGUUACGGGAAGCGGGUUUCCCGCCGUCUGCGUUCAAGGAUGGCCUCGUUCUGCGAGACGAUCCCUUCCCAAAAUUCCCCGCAGACAUUUUCUCUGGCCAAGUGAACUUCGUUUCUGGUGGCUGCGUGGUUGCAGUUGACUUGAACCACUGCUGUCUCGAUGGUCUCGGAGUCAUGGUCGUCCUCAAGGCCUGGGCAGAAAACUGCAGAUAUCUACAAGGUGAUCACACGGCAACUUGCACCUGGUAUGACCCUGAGAGCUUUAAUCACACAUUACCGGAAAUCAUUCACGAGCAAGAAGGAUGGGCUCGACCGGUCGAAGAGAUUGAUCCUGGCACAUGGGGCUUCUUACCCUUCUUCCCACCUGGUGACAACAAAAGCAUGAAAGAAAUUUCCGUUGACCUCAAGGGCCAUGUGCUACCUCCUGCGCCUGAUUUCAAGUUACAUGAUGUUUGGCCACUUCCCCAGGCUGAACGGUGUCCUAAAACGACUCUGUUCCUGAUUAGGCCCGACAAGCUUGAGAAGAUGAAGCGAGAGGUCAUUUCCGAUCCCGAAACGAAGGGAGUCAUCAAAUCAAUCAGCGACAUUGUGCAAGCCUUCCUGUGGCGAGCUGCUAUCAGAGUACGAUACAGUGUAGCCAAAGAAAUCCGUAAACAGACGUUCAAGCCAGACGAGGUGUCCAUUCUUGAGCUGCCCACGGAUGGCCGUCCAUACUUCUCUUCACUAUUGCCCUCGACAUAUAUGGGCAGUCUACUGAUUCUUAAUCGAUCAACCAUGCCGAUCGAGACACUGUGCUCUAAUCAGACAACUAUUGGCCGCGUCGCUUAUUUGCUCCGUCAGUCCGCCGCACGCAUCACCCCUUCAGUCGUCCACGACGCGUUUUCAAUUCUGCAGUCACUGCCAACCCAUGACCGAUUUUCGACGGCGAAUAUGGGUCUUGAACAUAUGCAUGCUAUGAUUUCCAAUAUGAUGCUAUUUCCAACCAACGAUAUUUGUUUUGGAGAUGCCUUCUUUGCCAAUCGAGGGUUGCCUGAGUCGUUAAGACCACAGCUUGAGCGUGGAAAUGGACGAUUCCGAUUCCUCGUCAUUUUUCCUAUCAGGAAAGACGGGGGCAUUGAGAUUGCUUUGGGUACUCAUCCGGAGGAGUUGGAGAUGUUCCAGGCAGAUGAAGAGUUUACAAAGUAUGCUGAACUUGCAGAUACGUGCUGCUGA